AUUUUCACAUCUCUAAUUAAAAGGCAAAGUAGCCAGUCAGGGUAUGAGAGCGUCCAGAGAAAGAAGCACAAGGAGGGAAGCAAGUAAGGACAGAUUUUCACCAGGACAGGCUCAGCCUCCGAUGACGACCCAACAUUUCCUUCCUUCCGAAGGUCACCUCCGCCUUCCAUGUGUCACACAGGACAUCUGCCUCCCUGUGUGCUUUCCUUCACCAACCUCAGCGGACAGCUUGACGCUGAAUAGUGAACAUGGAGACAUCUUGGUGGACUAUUCCAAGAACCUGGUUACAGAAGAAGUCAUGACGUUGCUGAUACAACUGGCAAAAUCAAGGGGCGUUGAGAAAGCUAGAGAGCAAAUGUUCACUGGAGAAAAGAUCAACUUCACUGAGAACCGAGCCGUGCUCCAUAUUGCCCUGCGGAAUCGCUCAAAUACUCCAAUCUUGGUCGAAGGCAAAGAUGUCGUCCCAGAAGUGAACAAGGUGUUGGAGAAGAUGAAGAACUUUUGCCAGAAAGUUCGCAGUGGUGACUGGAAAGGCUACACCGGAAAAGCCAUCACAGACGUGGUCAACGUAGGAAUUGGUGGCUCGGACUUGGGCCCCCUGAUGGUCACUGAAGCGCUAAAGCCCUAUUCCAAGGGCGGGCCCCGGGUUUGGUUCGUGUCCAACAUUGAUGGAACCCACAUGGCCAAAACUCUGGCUGCACUGGACCCUGAGACGACACUCUUCAUUGUCGCCUCAAAAACUUUUACCACCCAAGAAACUAUCACAAACGCCGAAACCGCUAAAGAGUGGUUCCUUCAGGCUGCCAAAGAUGCUGCUGCUGUAGCCAAGCACUUUGUUGCCUUGUCGACCAACGGGCCUAAAGUUAAGGACUUCGGAAUUGACACUCAGAACAUGUUUGAGUUUUGGGACUGGGUUGGUGGUCGUUACUCCCUGUGGUCCGCCAUUGGCCUCUCCAUUGCCCUGCAUAUUGGCUUUGACAACUUUGAGAAACUGCUUGCUGGAGCCCACUGGAUGGACAAUCACUUCCGCACCGCACCGCUGGAGAAGAACGUGCCGGUGCUGCUGGCCAUGCUGGGCGUCUGGUACAUCAACUGCUACGGAACCGAAACUCACGCACUCCUGCCCUACGACCAGUACAUGCACCGCUUUGCCGCCUACUUCCAGCAGGGAGACAUGGAAUCGAAUGGGAAGUAUAUCACCAAGAAGGGGACUCGUGUGAACUACAAUACUGGCCCAAUUGUGUGGGGCGAACCUGGAACCAACGGGCAGCACGCCUUCUAUCAGCUGAUCCAUCAAGGGACUCGGAUGAUCCCUUGUGACUUCCUAAUCCCAGUCCAGACGCAGCAUCCCAUCAGAAACGGCCUGCACCACAAGAUUCUUCUGGCCAACUUCCUUGCUCAGACGGAGGCCUUGAUGAAGGGGAAGACGGCGGAUGAAGCUCGCAAGGAGCUGCAGGCUUCCGGGCUGAGCGGGGAUGCGCUAGAGAAACUGCUUCCACACAAGGUGUUUGAAGGGAAUCGUCCAACCAAUUCCAUUGUGUUUACCAAACUUAACCCAUUCAUUCUUGGAGCCUUAAUUGCUAUGUAUGAACACAAGAUCUUCGUUCAAGGAGUUGUGUGGGAUAUUAACAGCUAUGACCAGUGGGGUGUUGAGCUUGGAAAGCAGUUGGCAAAGAAGAUUGAGCCUGAGCUGGAGUCGGACGCAGCCGUGACCUCCCAUGAUGCUUCCACCAACGGGCUGAUCAGCUUCAUCAAGAAACACCGAGCCUGAUGCCCACAUGGGAGAACGACGACAAUCCAACUGCCGAACACCCAGAUCAAUGUUGUAGUUGCUGCUUUCUGUAGCCACUUCUGUCCGAAAUAGCACUUUCACCGGUUCUGGCCUCUUCACCCAUUAACGGUUGCCCCUGUUGUGUUAAGCAGUGUUACAAAGGAAGCCUAUAAUUAGCGUUGUGAGGCUUGGGCAUUGUUUAGUGGCUCUCUCUUUGUGGCAGCUGAGUUGUAAGAUGUUGGGUGUGCUGUCCCUCACUUCCUCACCCUUCUCCCAGCUCCACUGUGUAACACCUCGGCACAGUCUGCACAAUGGACAGGAAACGCCUCUUUCCACACUGUGUUUUUGUGAAGCCAGUGUACAUGUGACUACCUUAGCCUUACUUGUACAAGAUUAUACCAGAACUAACUUUAAAAAAAACACAUGUUGUCGUGUGUGUUUGUGUAAAGGUGUGAAUCGGAUUUUUCUCUGCUACUGGAUGAGGACAUCUCAUGUGGGUUAUCCUUCCUACAUGCUCCAGAAGGCAGGACUCUGCAAAUUGGGAGAUGUUUUAAGAACCUAGGAAGGAGAGCCCCAUCCAGUUCCUAGUAGCCAGGUCCAAAAUACAGAGAGAAUGGUAAGAAAGGAGUACAGCAGUAGAUGUAGACACCCAGACGGGUGAGUCGAGAUGUCCUCAAAUCCAGCAGCAAGAAGAAGCCUUCAUAGGAACACGGGAAGCUGCCAUAUACUGAGUCAGACCAUUGGUCUAUCUAGCCCUGUAUUGUCUUCACAGACUGGCAGCGGCUUCUCCAAGGCUCACAGUGAGCAACCAAAGGUCCUUUCUCUACUGCUGGAUGAGGACUUCUCAUGUGGGACAUGCCGUCAGCAUCUACUGGGGUGGGAGAAUCUCUUGUAAGAACUCCUCUGUCCAAAGCUGCUUGGGCUGAGUGGUGCGAGUUGAGCUUGUAGUGUACAGAUUUCUGACAGUGGUGCAUUCGUGGAAAAGGCAGUUGAAGUGGCCCCUGACCUCAUAGAGCAUGGUGUGAUAGGAAGAGGUGGUUGAAGGUUGUGUACCUCAUAGGCUAACACAAUGCAGGCCUCAAUCCAUCUGUUGAUAGUGGUGGUGGGACAUUUUCUGACCCAUAGAGGAUGGUGGAAAUGAAUAAGACAUCAGUGGAGCAGAAAGAAACCGUGCAGGUUAGGUAUACCUUUAGACAAUGGCGUAUGUCAAGUUUAUGCCAAGUUUUUUUCCCCAGAGAGUGAACUGUCAUAGGGCAAAAUGAUAGUAGGGUUAUAUCCUGAGAGUAGUGAAAGAAGGAAGCCACUUUAGGCAGGAAAUGAGGAUCUGGGAUUAGUCAUAGCAUGCAUUUAUAGGAUAGCAUUCUCAUGCCUUCUGUUUUAUUUCCAGCCUGUUUCCUAACAAUACACGGAUUUUACGUGUUCACUUUUGUGAUACAGUAAGCUUCCAUUUUCAGUCACGUUUCCCUUAUGCAUGUUAUAGAAAUAAUCUCACAGCCAUCCUUCAUUCCCUACAAGCUAGAAUGAAGAGGUGUGUGGAGGGGGGCGGCUUGUGUGGACAUUUUUACCUCUCAGAUCAGCAGCAGCAGCUUUGUACGUUGAAGGCAGCACUAUUUUUACUGCGCGCACACUCCUCAUCCUCCGACGCUCCAGCCUCCCUGACCAUCCAGUCCUCUUUCCCACCCACAAACCUUGUGCUGCCUGCCCAGCUGGCUCCCACGCAAAGCACUGCACAGGCGUGCGCUGCCUGCUAUGGCCGGGCAGUCGGUGGGAGAGCGGGAGAAAAGGAAUUGGAGCAGCAGGGCAGGCGCAUGUGCGAGCACGGUCAGGGGCCCUUCCAGAGAGGGAGGGAGCAAGCACAUGCGGAUUGGAGCAGCUAGCAGGGCCCACACGAGCCAGGACGGGUGAUGACGGGAAAGGUGCAGCCUGCACACUCGCAAUGUCGGCACCCCCUGUGAUGCAGUCCUUGUUUACCAUGUUGCCCCAGCCCUGAUUGGGAAGUAUGUUCACAAUUCCUUCUUUUAAAAAAAUAAUAAUAAUCAGCCUUUUCCUGAGCAUA